AUGGAGAAGAUUGGAAGAGAAGAUCUUGAUUACAUGAAUAUGGAGUCCUUCUCUCAACCCCUUAAAAAAAAGUCCAUUAGACUUUUUGGUAAAGAAUUUGUUGUUACUAUCACCAAUCCCAACAUGUCUGAAUCAACCGACAGUAAUCCUUUCCACCAUCAACCUAAACCAAAUAUGAUGAAUAUUCGUACUGUUAAAGAAAGUCAUAUUGACAAGAAUGUUGAAAUCAUGAGGAAAUAUGAAUGUCACUAUUGUUUUAGGAACUUUCCAACUUCUCAAGCUUUAGGAGGCCAUCAAAAUGCACACAAGAAAGAAAGACUAAAUGCCAAACGAUCUCAUCUUCAGUCUUCAAUAGUGCAUGAGACGAACCGUCAUCGCCUUGGUGCAGCUGCAAGAUUACCUCGUCAUCAUUCAACAUGGACCACCAUUAACAAUAAUACUCCUACAUUUUAUGGAAAUGUAUAUAAUGUUUAUAGUCCUAAUUACAAUGGAAGUCCAUUGGCAUUUUGGCAAAUUCCUCCAACAGUUCAUCAUUAUCAGACUAAUAAUCCCUCAUCUUCUUCUUCUCAUAACUCAUUUUUUCCUAAUGAUGAAAAGAAGAGGGAAAUUCAAGAUCAUGUGAGUUUAGAUAUGCACUUAUAUGGAUCAUAG